CACCUGAGCAGAGUGGAGCAUCGGGGCCGUAUCAAAGCUGCCGCAUGAUUGAGCGACACCAUCGUCCGGUCAACUUGGCUGCAUCGUGCUCGCUGAAGUUGAAGCGACGAGAACAUCCUGCGAGGCGUGUAGAUUGCUCGCUGCUGUCCUUAUGAAUAUUGAUGGUUAAAGCACGGUUUCUUUUUUGUGCCGCAUCUUCUUUGUGCCUACCCAGCAUGCACCAGACGGCUUGCUUGCGUCUAACUUCAUAAACGUCUCUUCAACGUUGGAAACGUCAGAGUCGUCAUCACAGCAAAGGAUCGAUCAAGGAGCCAGAAACUGUUCUUACGCUUAUGACUGAUAUUUUUAUUGCCCUCCACCGGCGGGACAAAGACGCGUCAAGAUGUCCACUUUUUUCCCAACGAGCUGAAUCAUGGAUAUUGUCAUGGAUAGGAAGAGAUGAAGCGCACCGAGUAAAGCCACCGAGAAGCAGGAGCGGCAUCCUCCUUUCGAGUGCUCUGCGGACACGAUGCGCGCGCUGCUGUGAGACCGAGCGCCGCCUCGCAGGGAGAUGGCGGCGGCCAUCGCCAGCUCCCUGAUCCGACAGAAGCGGCAAGCCCGCGAGUCCAACAGCGAAAAGGUCGUCAGCAACAAGAGGCGCUCGAGUCCCAGCAAGGACCCUAGGUCUCUGUGCGAGCGACACAUCUUCAGUGUCUUCAGCAAAGUUCGCUUCUGCAGCGGGAAGAAGAAACCGGUGAGACGGAAACCAGAGCCGCAGCUGAAGGGUAUCGUGACGCGACUCUUCAGCGAGCAGGGCUUCUUCCUGCAGAUGCAGCCUGAUGGAACCAUCAACGGAAACAAGGACGAGAACAGCGACAACACACUCUUCAACCUGAUCCCAGUGGGUCUGCGGGUGGUGGCCAUGCAGGGCGUGAAGGCUGGACUCUAUAUGGCCAUGAAUGCUGAGGGCUUCCUCUACACGUCUGACAUCUUCACGGCCGAAUGUAAGUUCAAGGAGUCUGUGUUCGAGAACUACUACGUCAUCUACUCGUCCACGCUGUACCGGCAGCACGAGUCAGGCCGAGCCUGGUUCCUGGGCCUCAACAAGGACGGUGUCAUCAUGAAGGGAAACCGAGUAAAGAAAACCAAACCCUGCUCGCACUUUGUCCCCAGACCCAUUGAAGUGUGCAUGUACAAGGAGCCGUCGCUGCACGAACUGGAGGAGAAGCUGCUCAAGACGUCGCGCAGCCCGACCAUUAACGGCGAGGAGCGGGCGAGGAGCACCGAGCGAGCACAGGACCAGCUGGGACUGGAGGACGAGGAGGAGGACUGCACAGAGCGGGAGGACUCAUAGCCUGCAGCGCCCCCUGCAGGAAGAACUCCCAUGCAACACACGCCCACUGUUCAGCACCACGCCGACGACAACAAAACGCCAUGACGACGGAAACUCCAAACGAAAACAAAGAAAAAAAGAAGCAAAAAAAAGGGCAAAAAUCUUCUUGUGAUGAGGUAUCAGAAGGGGGGGGGUAUUUAAACGAGGACUUUGAUGAUGACGAUCUACAUUUUAUGCAAAAAGCCCUGCUGUGUCGGCGCCAGGGGGCUAGCACGUCUCUUCAUCGUCACAUUGUCAUCAUCACCGUCACCGUGACGACAAAACGAGCGCUGAGAACUGCCAAGCUUUAAGCCAUGUAGGAACAUUACGUCCGUUCUAGAACCUACGCACUUUCUUUCAACUCACCACGCUGCUUCUUCUUCUUCUUCUUCUUCUUCUUCUUCUUCUUCUUCUUCUUCUUCUUCCAAUCUUCCUCGGGCUUCCAUCCAGUCAGAUUUUAGAGAUUUGUGCCGCCAACUCACACCUGUUUAUUUUAUUUGAGUCAUUUGCAAUGACCACGCGUGAGCCCCGCUCCGUGAUCAUUUUGACCACGUCACAUCUCUGCUGGUCCUCGCGUGUAAUCUGUUCCGAGUCGAGUGUGCGGGGACGGAAAGUUACUCCGAAGUGCGUUGUAGAGCUCCAUCGUCGUCAUCUAGCAAAUGCUCACACGCCUUCGUCUUCUCAGGCCUAGCUACCAAGUUACGCCAUGUUUCCACGACACAACCUUGCUAAAAUUGUUUAAAUAAAAGAAAAGACCCCCUCGAAUUGGCGAAUGACAUUGCAGUGCGCACGGCAGGCCACCAGUGAGCGCUGUGACCCAAACAUGAAAGUGUGCAAGUGAAGGAGUGCCUAAUAUUAUCAACGUUAGGUUUGGGUAUCGGGGAGGUAGAUAGAUAGACAGUACUUUAUUGAUUCCUUCAGGAGAGUCCGUUCAGGAAAAUUUAAAUAUAAAAGGGUAUAACUAUAUGCUAACUAUAACUAAUAUAUGGGUGUGACUUUUUCCCACCAAAUACCACCUCAGAAAAUACCUGGCUAUGAAUACAGUAGCGUAAUAGGCCUAUGUAAUCAUUAAAAAAUGAUUAUUUUAUUUUUUUAAACAAGUAUAUUAAGUAUUUGUGGCCACUGUAACAUCACACACAGUUUGUACAGUAACACUGUGUUUUAAUAAAGAAAAGAAAACACUGUACUUAUUAUUUGGCGUACCACUUGUCUUAAAAAAGGAAAAUAUUCUUGAUAAAAACUAUAACUCAGUAAUUAAUUCACCAAAGGAAAAUACUCGCGGUACAACCGUGUUUGCCAGUUAAUUCUACAUGCAAGCCUGGUGUAUCAAUUAAGGAACGUUAUGUUACUUGCAUGACGUUACUUGCAAAAUAUCUGCAUAUUUUGAGAUAAAGUACAGCAACAACAUUUUUUAGGCCGUCUGUGCAGGUAAAAAACUUACAUCAAGCGUAACGCCAUCCCGUCAGAUGGUACCUAAUAUGUUAUUCUUUUGGUGCCACUAAAUUAAUAGCAAAUAUUGAUUUAUAUAUUUAUAAAUAAUAUUUGAGUAUUAACUUAAUAUAUACUGUACCUACAUGUAUAAAUUGUUGAUAGUCAAUAAUACAUCAACUUAAUACAUUAACUAAUGUAUUAAUAUUAAUUAUGAAUUAACUUAAUAAAUUAUUUCAUACAUUAUUUUUCAAAUAGUAGCUACUGUAAUAAUAAAAAGUAAAACCAAAUCAGAGACCAAUGUCGACUUAAUUUUUUAAUCCUGUCACUAGUUACUAUUAUGAGUAUUAAUUGACAAUAGUGAUGGACAAAUGACGCAUUAGUGAGUGCAUGGCACACUCGCUACCAGUAUUAACACUUUACUGAUAUUAUGUUGGUGUAUCAUAAUGGUCAUCCGCCAAAUUAAAAGUCUUAACAUUUUUUUUUUUAAUUAUUAUUAUUAUUUAGAAUACAGUAUUUUCCGGCCUAUAAAACUACAUAAGCCGCAUCCUUUAAAUUUCAGAAGAAAAAAAUAUUUGUCAAUAUAUUACAAGCCCCAGAUUAUAAACCGCAGAUAUAUGCUUUGUGAAAUGAGUUAUUUACACAGAAAUGUUGUGUAAAUGUUCAUUUAAAUACCUUAAUUGUUUCCAAAUGGUGCCUGUAGCAUGGCAGUAAAACGGCUGAUCAAAAAAAACAGAAGUCACUGUCAUGGACCCACUAGCUGCGGAAGCUAGCUCUCUAAUCAGCUAAACAGACUCAGUAACUCCCCGGGGACAUUGUGGUGAAUUUAAUGAGGAAUUUCUGAAACAAACAAUACAAAAAGAUUGAUGUUGUAAGUUAAUAAUACUAACACAGACACUCGUAAACGUGUUGGUAUAUUAGCUAAUGCUAACGACGCUAACUUCAUUACAUUACGAUAGCAUGUACAAAUAUACAUGAGAACACUCCGGCAGACAUCACACAUGGGACGGUUUAGUAAUUAAGAAUUGUUUUAGUUAUAUUGAAAAACUUACAACCGUUGCUUGGAAUGACGGAUGAAGAAUCCACAAGAGUAGAAACGCUAUGGAUGACAAAAAGACAGGAAAGGGUAAACAGAAGAAAAAACUGUAGCCAUUCACACAGUUUUACCUGCAGUGAGCAAACUUGUCCAAAGAUGGGGCCAGAGCACAAGCAAUGACACCAUUUCAGUGUCUUUGCGUGUGUUUUAUGAAAACUAUUUACAUUGCGGUUGUCAGCAAAGAAACAUACAUAAAAUAUUCGAGUCAUUUUAUUAGCUGCAGGGUUCAAAGCGUAAGAAAAAAGUAGCGGCUUAUAGUCCGGAAUUUACGGUAGUUAUUUUUUGAUGAAUAGCUGCGCAGAAAGGAAUAUGAAGCUUGCAACUCCGGUCAAAUGAGCUUAAUAGUAAACCGUAAAAGAAGAACAUUUGGCGCUACUAGCUCAAAAUGAUCCCACACAUCGGAAUGUUUACUUUUUUCAGAUCAAUUUAGAUCGAUGUUGAAGAUGAAAAACGAUAUAAAAUGCGGCACACCCAAAGAAGUCCUUUCGAAUGUAAACUGUUUGGUGCUUCACAAUCAAGCGAUACAGCAGUUGUAUCGGUGUGUUUUUUGUUUUUUCUUCAAGUGACACGCACAAUGAGGGACGCAGUAUCCUCUACAAGGCACCCAUCACGAAUUGACCACCUUGAUUGUCACUGGCACAAGCAAGGUGUGUUUGGCCGCUAUUUUUAUUGUUGUCUUAAUCGCGCACGGCUAACUUGCAGCAAACGUUCUUGCUUGAAACGCAAUUGCUGUCUUAAAGGGGAACAUUAUCACCAGACCUAUGUAAGCGUCAAUAUAUACCUUGAUGUUGCAGAAAAAAGACCAUAUAUUUUUUUAACCGAAUUCCGAACUCUAAAUGGGUGAAUUUUGGCGAAUUAAACGCCUUUCUAUUAUUCGCACUCAGAGCGAUGACGCCACAACGUGACGUCACAUAGGUAGUCAAUCCGCCAUUUUUUCAAACACAUUACAAACACCAAGUCAAAUCCGCUCUGUCAUUUUCCGUUUUUUCGACUGUUUUCUGUAUCUUGGAGACAUCAUGCCUCGUCGGUGUGUUGUCGGAGGGUGUAACAACACGAUCAGGGACGGAUUCAAGUUGAUUUACGUGGAGUGUGCAUCGAUUAGCACGGCAUGCUAAUCAAUGCUACAUUGCUAUUUAGGCUAGCUGUAUGUACAUUUGUAGCUAUAUUUGCACCCAGCCUUUCCCUCCACCCACGUUUAAUGCCAAACAAACACUUACCAAUCGACAGAUUUAAGUUGCUCCAGUGUCACAAGAUGCGAAAGUCCCGAUCAUUUGGUCUGCACAUUUUACCGGCGAUGCUAAGGCAGACAUGGCACAGAGAUGUAUGGAUAUCCUGCAGAUGCAUUUCCAACGAUAAAGUCAACAAAAUCACAAAGGUGAGUUUUGUUGAUGUUAUUGACUUAUGUGCUAAUCCGACAUAUUUGGUCACGGCAUGACUGCCAGCUAAUCGAUGCUAAAAUGCUAUUUAGGCUAGCUGUACGUACAUUUGUAGGUAUAUUUGCAUCCAGUCUUUCCCUCCACCCACAUUUAAUGCCAAACAAACACUUACCAAUCGACGGGUUUAAGUUGCUCCAGUGUCACAAGAUGCGAAAGUCCUGAUCAUUCGGUCUGCACAUUUUACCGGCGAUGCUAAGGCAGACAUGGCUCAGAGAUGUAUGGAUAUCCUGCAACACUCAAUCGUUGGUUAGAAAGCGAUCGCCGAAUAGCAUCAAUAGCUAUUCGCUCAAUAGCUUCAAUUUCUUCUUCAAUUUUGUUUUCGCUAUCUGCCUCCAUACUCCAUCUGUUUCAAUACAUGCGAAAUCUAUUGAAUCGCUUAAGCCGCUGAAAUCCGAGUCUGAAUCCAAGUUAAUGUCGCUAUAUCUUGCUGUGCUAUCCGCCAUGUUGUUUGUAAUGGCAUCACUGGACGACGUCACAGGAAAAUGGACGGUGGCUUCACAGAUAGCGAAAAUCAGGCACUUUAAAGCCUUUUUUCGAGAUAUUCCAUGAUGGGUAAAAUUUUGAAAAAAAUUACAAAAAAUAAAAUAAGCCACUGGGAACUGAUUUUUAUUGGUUUUAACCCUUCUGAAAUUGUGAUAAUGUUCCCCUUUAACUUUUUAACAACUGGAGAGGGAGUCAUGUGCAGUAAGGGUGUGUGUGUGUGUGUGUGUGUGUGUGUGUGUGUGUGUGUGUGUGUGUGUGUGUGUGUGUGUGUGUGUGUGUGUGACACUGGCUUGGGAGAUGAUCAGCAGAGAUGUUACGGGUCGGUGCGGAAGGAGCACUUUCUGGCACAAAUAUUGCAUGAUGCGUUUGAGAAAAGCGGGUGAUCUUAAACAAGGGAUGAGGACACCGUGUUGCGUAACGCUGACGUGAUGACGCCGAGAAUAACGAGUGGGCAAGUGUAGCAUGUGUUCCCCCGCCAGGUGACGCGACAUGACUCUUAUGUUUUGUUCGUCAACUACUUGGUGUUGUCAGCUUGAAGUCAUGUGACAGGGGUGAUGAUGUCAUCAGGUUAUUUUGCUCCUUUCUGGAAUAGCGCUGUUUGGCAGCGGCCAUCUUGUGAUGAUGUCGGGUCUGCUGGCGUGCAGCCCCCUCCCUCGCCACCAGGAAAGGCGGCACGUUACUUUGGUGUGUGUUGUUGGAUGUGGGCUGAUGGGAGGACUCGACAUGUCGGUCAGCCAACACUGCCACAUUAUUUUCUACCACUUUGACCCGCUCACGUUCCACUUGGGCCUCUUAAAGACGAUGUUUAGGAGGUUAUUCGUGCCGUGUAUUAUUUCCAAAAUAUGGUCUUCCACCUGUUAUGUAGCUGCAAGGAUAUUUGAACGAAAAAGCCCUGACUGUGAGGUUUUUGUUUGUUGUUUCAUCCUCAAAUUUUUGGCCAUGUUGCUAGUUUUCCAGGAACAAAAAGCUUUAGAGGCAUAAUGCCUUUGAUUGUUUGGAGAGGACCUUUGAGGACCUCCCAUCAGCCCGCCCGCGCUGACGCGUGAAGCUUCGGCACUUAAAAAGUUUGUGUUUUUGCAAGAGGGGGGAAAAUAGCCUAUUUGCAUGUGAAGCGCACAGACAUAAAUCAAUCAAUCCACCUGACAGCUGAAUUGUGAUGCAUGCUUAGUUGUUUGUGCCGCCAUUUGUUUUGAAUGUGGACCUGUGAUGGAGGCCACUCACCAUUCAUCACUAAUCCAGAGUCGUGUAUGAAGAGAGUAUGGCCAACUCAAUUUCAGACCAUCUCCUAAAUCAGGGGUAGGGAACCUAUGGCUUUAGAGCCAGAUGUGGCUCUUUUGAUGACUGCAUCUGGCUCUCAGAUAAAUCUUAGCUGACAUUGCUUAACACGAUAAGUAAUGAAGAAUUACGCUGGUAAUGAAAGUGUUAAAAAUAACGUUCAAAUUAUAAAACAUUCUCAUGCAUUUUAAUCCAACCAUCCAUUUUCUAUCGCACCUGUUCAAGAAGUUGCAUUAAUGGUAAGAAGUAUUAUAUUUAUUAUUGGUUAGCUUAAAAAUAAUAAGAGACUUAUUAUACUCUAAAAAGGUUGGUCUUACUUAAAAAUGCACGCAUUUAAUUGUAUUCAGUGUUAAAAAAAUAUUAUAUGGCUCUCACAGAAAUACAUUUUGAAAUAACUUGCUUUCAUGGCUCUCUCAGCCAAAAAGGUUCCC